CCUAGAAAGCAAACAGCUCACAUUUGAGGUUGAAUCAGAAAUCAAAUCAGUUGAGUGGUUGGUUCAUUACUUGCCGAACGUUUAGCUCUCUUAUCAAAUAAAAAAAAGUCAAGUAAAAUGAUAUUACUUAAUUGCCUUGUAAUAUUCGCCUGCAUAUUUACUGGUGGGGCUCAAGAUCGUUCUCUGGACAACUUGAUUGCAGAUAUUUUCAAACCCGAUGAAACACCCAGCUCCUCCACAACAAUCACUCCAGUUGUCAAUCCCAAAGAUCCGUCAAGCAACUCAGGAACAGGAACAGACAAAGGAACAGAAUCUGGAACAGGAUCAGCCCAAUAUAAAUCCUGUGGAGAUCAAAAAGAGUGCGUACCCCGUUGGCUCUGUGCAAAUGAUACGAUCAACACCAGCGGCGAUGGUAUAAUUGACAUUCAAAUCGGUACGGGCUCACAAUGCGAAAACUAUCUGGAUGUGUGCUGUGAUCUUCCAAACAAGGAUAUCGUCGAUGGACUGGGUUAACUUGAACCAAUGGAAUGUUUACAGAAUAGAUCCCGUUUUCAGCAUUCCACAUUUCCAUCUAUUUUCCGUUGGAGCUACGUUCAACCCAUACAAAAUGCUCUGCAAACGGUGUUAUGCGAUUUUAAAAAAAUUGUUUACAGCGAGAAUGUAAUAAAACAGAACAGCUGAUUUCCCUUAUAAUUUUCUGUACAAAAAGCCAAAUAAUCGAUAAAAAAAAUUAAAUUUACACCACAUGUAGCACACUAAGGACCAA